UAUUUUUGCACCCUACUAGUAAUUGGAAACUUUAAAGGGGAAAUCACCCAAUUUCUUGCGAACUGUGCGCUUCCCGUCUCCCGAAAACAUAACAAAGAACUGGUCCUCGCUGGGGCCACGUAAUCAUUUCAUGUUUGUAUAUCAGCAGCUCGAUCUCACACUCGCAGAGUAGGCUAUCAGUUGCCAUCCAAGUGUUUUAUUCAUUUUUAGUGACUGCUCAUUCAUAAUACAUAAUUCUUCAAUAGUAAAAUAAUAAAAUUCUUAAAAACCAAAACUCGAAAAUAAGAUGACCCCGAGUCCUGCUGAAAGUAAAACCAUAUCAAAGGCAGAAAUGGAGCCUCGUCGUUAUCAGUUGGAGCUCCUGGACUAUGUCAUGCAUAGGAAUGCGAUAAUAUACCUACCUACCGGCGCCGGCAAAACUUACGUGGCGAUAAUGGCACUGAAGCGUUUUUCCCAUCAAAUGCAAGAAACAAUUGAAAAUGGUGGAAAACGUGCAAUUUUCAUGUGCAACACUGUAGAAUUAGCUCGCCAACAGGCUAUUGAACUGAAACGUUGCACCAAUUUAGCAAUCGGAUUCUAUGUGGGAGAGCGUGACGUCGAUAGUUGGUCUCGUAAAAAAUGGGAUGAGGAAAUUAGAGUAAAUCAAAUUCUCGUGGGAACCGCACAAAUUUUCCUAGAUAUAGUUUCGCAAAAUUAUAUUAAAAUUACUGAUUUAAGUGUGGUGGUAAUCGAUGAGUGCCAUCAUGCAACAAAAAGCCAUCCAAUGCACGAGUUUAUGCGUCACUUUCGUGAUAUCGCUGAUAAAUCUAAAUUGCCAAGAGUGAUUGGUUUGACAGGCGUUUUGCUGAAGGGUAACAAAUUAGCUAAAAUUCGCGAAGAACUUGAGAAUCUGGAGGCUACGUUUCGUGGCAAUAUUGUUACAGUUAGUUCUAUAGAAGAAUAUAGAAACGUGAUGGUGUAUUCGACGAAACCAACAGAAAAACUAGUAACGUAUUCAAGUCAAGGGCACAAUUUUAAAUUGCAUGACACUAUCAAAAGUAUCAUUGCCGAAUGUUUUGUUGCUGUAGAUGCAUGGGAUUUAGGAGUAAUACCAGCAAAGCAAACAAAAAAUUUGGGGACAUUGCGCGAACCCAACAAAAAGAAUUUUUUAAAAAAUCUGCUAAAUGAUUUUUUAUAUCAAACAAAUGAGUUUGGCUUAUAUGCUUCGGCAAUUGCUAUUAUGUCUCCGAUAAUCGAAUUUGAAGUAAAAAAACGGCAGGCUGAAACAAUUGCAUUGCGAAAUCUUUACCGUUACACCAUAAGUGUAUGCGAAAAAAUACGACAUAUGCUAAUAAUGGAGUUAAAAGAAGAGGAUUCAGAUCCAGAUAGUGCUUGCCACACCACUGAUAUUAUAUUGAAUUUUGCUACACCUAAAAUGCGUACACUUCUUGGUUUAUUAAGCGAUCUUUUCGAGAAUAAAGAUCCGACCGGCAUUCGAUGCUUAAUAUUCGUAGAGCGACGGUACACGGCCAAGUGUGUAUAUUAUGUUUUAAAAAAGUAUAUUGAACAAAAACCAGGGCUGGCGGAAACCCUACGUCCACAAUUCAUGGUGGGGCGGAACUCGAUAAUGCCAAGUAUAGAGAGUAUUCUUGACCAGAAAUGGAACAAAUCGGUCAUCGAAGGUUUUCGCACAGGCGAAUGCAAUUUACUUGUUUGUUCGAAUGUCCUCGAGGAAGGUAUUGAUAUUCAGGCAUGCAAUUAUGUAUUCGCCUAUGAUCCAUUAAAAACCUUCAAUUCUUAUGUGCAAACGAAGGGGCGCGCCCGUAGUAAUGAAUCGCUGUAUGCUAUAUUUGCGCCAGAUAUUAAUAAAGCAAAAAUUAUUACGCAAAUUCAAAACUAUAAAGCCGCACAUCAAAUGAUACAGGAAUUCCUGAUUGGACGAAUUUUGGAUCGAGAUGAUCCUAAAGAAGAAGCCAUAGCCGAACAAUUUGUGGAUCUCAUUCCACCUUUUUUGCUGCCGAGCGGUGCCUGCCUAUUGGCGUCGGGUGCAUUAGCAUUGUUACAUCGCUAUUGUCAACUGUUGCCUACUGAUGCGUUUGGUGCCGCCAUGCCUUGGUUUACUAAAAAAACAACGGAAUCAGGAAUAUUUGUGGAGUUACGGAUGCCGCUGCAAUCUUCAGUGAAAGAUACAAUAACGAGCGACAUUUACCCGACUUCUAAACAGGCAAAAAUUUCUGCUGCCUUUAAAGUGUGUAAACUGCUUUACGAACAAGGAGAGCUAAAUGAUCGUUUGUUGCCCGUGACGAAGCGAGAAUGUGUGGCAAAAGUGUCCGAAGAUCUUUUCGAACAUUGGAAAAAAUUUAAUGAUGACGUCACUUCAAAAACUGCUGGCAAGCAACAACGCCGUUUGUAUAAUCGAAAAUAUCCGGAGGAACUGCAAAAUGCAAUCCCUCAACUCAAUGAAGUCUGCUAUGCCUAUGAGAUUCAUGCAAUACCCCACUUUGAGAAAGAUGACUACACUGAACACAUCGCCGAGCUAUUGCAGACCAAUCGUAACUAUGCUAUUUUAUCGCGUAAACGCAUACCGCCGCUCGCAGAAAUGCCGCUUUUCAUGAAUCAGGGUAAAUUGUCAGUGAAAGUGGCGCCACAACCAAUUACAUUGACUAUAUCAAGUCAACAGCAAUUACAACAACUAUGUAAAUUCCAUUUGAUGAUCUUCCGAGAUUUGCUCGAGUGUUGGAAAACUUUCUUCGUAUUAGAUCAGCGUAACCACGAGAAUUCAUACCUCAUCGUACCGAUUAAUGCGGGAAAAAUUGAUUGGGAAUUGGUACAAAACUUCCAACGUCUAUUGCCACAGCGCAGCUACAGUGUCAUUGAAAGGAAAAAGAAGGUCUACAAGCCGGAGGAUUAUGUCGGCAAAGUGAUUAAUAAAUGGUACUCAGGCAGAGACAAUCAACGUUUUGUCGUAACCAAAGUACUUACUGAUCUCACACCGCUAAGUCCUUUCGACAAUAAUCAAUAUUCAAGUUACGUCGAUUUUAUCGACUGCAAGUACAAAAAUGAAGUGGAUUAUGUGGUGCAACCGAAUCAAUUUUUGCUAGAAGUUCGUGCACUAACUUCGCGUCGAAAUUUUUUUAUUAACGCUGUUGGAAAGGCAACGAAGGGGCAUAAGAAUAAUUGCGCAAUCCGUCUUAUACCUGAACUUUGCCAUAACUUUAUGUACCCGGGUGAUAUGUGGAUGAAAGCAUUGCUGCUGCCCAGCAUUUUGCAUCGCGUUCAUUUUAUGCUGCAUGCGGAAAAUUUGCGCCUUCGUGUUAAUAGAUUUCUGGGCAUAGUAGAAAGAACAUCUUACCAGCCGAAGCAAUUAUUAGUCGACGAGUCAUUGUCACGGGCUGUCGAUCUUGACGGCAAUGCUAUGGAACAGCCAGAGGAGCCGAAAAAACUACUCCCUGCACUGCCCACCCGCUCCACCAAAGUCGAAUAUGAGGUGAUGAAUCUAACUGAUACAGUGGCCUGGAAGGAAUACAUGGAGCCCGAAGACUUUUCUCGGAAGCCCGAUUCGAUAUUCCCCGUUGAAUUGGACUAUUACUACAAAUUCAUAUCCGGCUUAGCGAUGGAAUUAGAUGCCUUAAAAUUGAGUGAGGACGAAUGGUCGCCGUCGCAAUCACAGUUGAACAUGCCUAAAAUCAGUCCAUUAGCAUUCGAAAACAAUGUGGCUCGCAUGUCGCUAUGCGAUGCCCCUUUGGCUGAUAAGCGACGGCUGCACAUACUCGAAUUGACGUUGAGCGGACAGACGAUGCAGACCGCAGAGCAGGCCGAUUUUUUGGCUGCCAUCACCACAGCUGGCGCAAAUGACGUCUUUGAUAUGGAGCGAUUCGAGUUUUUGGGGGAUUCGUUUCUUAAAUUUUCGAUCUCUCUAUAUUUGGUGCAUAAGUAUCCAAAAUGGCAUGAGGGAUUCUUAACUGAAAUCAAAGGGAAGCUUGUCUCGAAUAAAAAUCUUAUCUACUGUAUGCUCGAUACUGAUAUACCGGAACGAAUUUGUGGUUACUUAUUCAAACCUCCACAUGAAUGGUUGCCUCCAUUAAUCAGCUUACCACGAAAUAUUCUAGAACUCAUUGAGAGUAAUGACAACAUUAUGAAAUGUUUAACACCGAGUGAUUUAUAUGCGAUUGAACUGGAUGACGACGAGAUUGCCAACGGAUGUUGCUCUACCGAUAAUUUAAGUAAAUUGGUCGCUUGUAGCACUCAAACGCAUAAAAUGAUCGAGGGACCAGCAGCGGAGGAGGCAAGACUAGACAAUGAAUUAAAUUUGUUUAUAUACAAAGAGACCUUGCGCGAUAAAGUCGUUGCUGACACCAUGGAAGCUAUACUCGGUGUUUGUGUGAAGAAUUACGGCAUUUACAAUACUUUCCGCAUGUUGGAAUUCUUUGGAAUCUGUAAACCUGAACCAGGCCAAUCUUUCAUGCGUUUAAUGGACUUGAAGUUGGGCAGCCCGUUGCUGCAUGCAAACAUCUCGGCCCGUGAGGUCGAUAGUUUCCUAAUCAACUAUCCAAAAUUGGAGGAGAAUUUGGGAUAUAAGUUCCGCGAUCGUGCAUACUUAUUACAGGCCUUAACGCAUCCGUCCUACCCGACUAAUCGGAUAACUGGCUGCUAUCAAGAACUCGAAUUUAUUGGUGACGCUAUACUUGACUUCCUGGUUUCAUGCUUCAUAUUUGAGCGCUAUCGUCAUAAGACUCCCGGUAUGUUGACAGACUUGCGUUCGGCUUUGGUCAAUAACAUAACAUUGGGUUGUGUCUGCGUACGACAUCGCUUCCAUUUAUUCUUGUUGGCUGAAAAUAGUGUGCUGGCUGAGUCUAUAAAAAAUUUCGCCAUUUAUCAGGAGAAGCAAAAUUACUAUGUUACCGAUCAGGUGCACAUAUUGAUGGAGGAGAAUGUUAUGAAUGAAGAUGAGGUUAAGGGUGCCACUUACAAUUUAUCAGCGAAUGUUGAUGUCCCGAAGGCAUUAGGUGACAUUCUGGAGGCAUUAAUUGCCGCUGUUUAUCUCGACAGUCGAGACUUGCGCACUACUUGGAAUGUCAUAUACGGUCUGCUGGAGCAAGAAUUCAACCAGUUCUCUCGCGAUGUACCCAUCGAUGCAGUGCGACAGUUGAAUGAUCAUAAACACGCAAAUCCCAAAUACAGCGAUCCAAUUGUAGACAAUGAAACAUACAUGGUGAAAUGCCAGUUUACAUGCCUCGACAAAAGUGUGGAGGUGAAUGGGUUUGGCUUAAAUGGAAAGCAAGCCAAGAAAGCGGCAGCCAAACAUGCGCUUCAAAUAUUGGCUAAAUACUCCAGCUAAAUACUUUCAUUUUUUUGCUUCCAAAAAUAAGAUUUAUUAUAAAUGUUUCUGUUAAAAGGUCAAAUAAGACUGAAAGUAGAUAUAGAAGAAGGAAUUUAGAAAGUGGAGCGCUUUUAGCACUGUUAUAUACAUAUGUAUGUAUAUCGUCCCCCCAUGCCAGAAGCAUGAAAGUGUAAAUUUACCAAUUCUGAGUUAAUAGGUUGACUUGAUUAACCUUUGGAUGUUCUAUGUUAUACCAAAACCCAGAAUACCAUGCGUACACGGAAACCACAUAUUUUACAAUGUCAAUUACAUGGAUGUAGAGUUAAGUACCAUAAAAAAAAAACUUUCAAACCUUUUCAUUUUUAAACGACUUCCAAAAAAUGAGGUUAUCAGUUCGU